AACGGGACCUGGAGUACAGUGAAAAUGAGUGUUAUGAUGAGGAUGAGGACUUGGGUUUCACGUAGCCAGGCAUUUAAUCGCUGCAUCAUUCAGUGACAAAGAGACCGCGUGUUUAAUUGCAUGUAUUUUCUGCACACUCUUCAAGCACCAAAUGAUAAUGUACGGAUGAUAUACGCCGAUGAUUCAGAGGUGAAAACGGACAUUUUGUGAAAGAACGAAUAACGACGCGCGCUCGUGCGUUAACUGUUGGAGGUAAACUUUGUUUCCUGCAAGGCUCUGAACAAAAUGAUUGGCUCCUGCUUUUCUAGAACUACCUGCUUCUAACUGCAUCUUGAUCGGACAGCUUCUGUGUAGAGAGCUAAUCAGAGCUACGGGUGCCAUGACUUAGACAUACUGCACUUUUAAAGAUGGAGAAAAAGAAAGUGUGUCAGCGCCUCCUGGACUACCUUGUUGUAGUUGGAGCCAGGCAGCCCAAUAGCGAGAGUGUGGCCCAGACUCCCCAGCUGCUGAGGCGCUAUCCACUAGAGGACCACUCUGACUUCCCUCUGCCCCCAGACGUGGUGUUUUUCUGCCAACCGGAAGGCUGCUUGAGUGUGCGGCAGCGGCGAGUCAGCUUGCGUGAUGACUCCUCCUUCGUCUUUACACUCACAGACAAGGACUCAGGCAUCACACGCUAUGGCAUCUGCCUCAACUUUUACCGCUGCUUCCAACGAGGCCACCAUCGCUCACGUUCAGAAUGCAAAGACAAGCCUCCACAGACAGACCCUGCAGUCGAGGCCACUGAGAAAUGUGACCCCUCCACCUUGUCUCUCUCGGGUGACCACACAGUGCCAGAGCCAGGUACUGGAAGGUCACCACGUCCAAAACGCAGCACCAGGGUAUCAGCACGGAAUCGCAACAGCAUGCUGACUUCACUGUGCAUCCUGAGCCACUACCCAUUUUUCACCACCUUCAGGGAGUGUCUGUACAUCCUUAAACGCAUGGUGGAUUGCUGUAGCCACAGACUCAAUCAGCGAGCAGGACCUACCAGGGGUAACCAGCGGGACGCCAUGUGGCGCGUGUUGGCUGGCGCGCUUUCUGUCGAGGAGAAGGAGAAAGGUACUCAGCUACUCCAUGACCUGAGGGAAAUGGAAUCGUGGGUGUACAGGCUACUGCGUUCGCCGGUGCCUGUAGCAGGUGUGCGACGUGUCGAUGUGGAAGUGCUUCCUCCAGAACUGCAGCCGGCUCUUACUUUUGCCCUGCCCGACUCUUCCCGAUUCUGUCUUGUGGACUUUCCACUGCACCUUCCUUUGGAGCUACUGGGGGUGGACGCCUGCCUCCAGGUGCUCAGCUGCAUCCUGCUUGAACACAAGGUGGUACUUCAAUCUCGGGAUUACAACGCUCUCUCCAUGAGUGUGAUGGCUUUUGUGGCCAUGAUCUAUCCUCUGGAGUACAUGUUUCCUGUCAUCCCUCUACUACCCACCUGUAUGGCUUCAGCUGAGCAGCUCCUGCUAGCACCCACUCCAUACAUCAUUGGCGUACCCGCCAGCUUCUUCCUGUAUAAAUCAGACUUUAAGAUGCCUGAUGAUGUUUGGCUGGUGGAUCUGGACUGCAACAAGGUCAUUGUUCCACACAAUGCAGAAAUUCUCCCACCUUUGCCUGAACCAGAAGCAACAGAGUUGAAGAAACACCUGAAGCAGUGUCUGGUUAGGUUGACUGUGAUCACCCAAAAGCAGAUCUUCGCCUCUGACACAAAGGCUUUGACCAGUAUGAGUCUGAACACUCAGCCUAUUCUAAACCUGGAGAAGUUCCAAGAGGGUCAAGAUCUGGCUCUUCUGCCCCCAGGCCGUGAUAGGUCCUCCCCCUCCUCCACUGAGUUUAACCCUCUAAUUUAUGGAAAUGAUGUCGACUCUGUGGAUGUGGCAACAAGGGUGGCGAUGGUGAGAUUCUUCAACUCCCCAAAUGUACUGCAGGGGUUUCAGAUGCACACACGAACACUGCGACUCUUCCCAAGACCCGUGGUAGCAUUUCAAGCCACGUCUUUCCUAGCGUCACGGCCACGCCGCACCAGCUUUGCUGACAAGCUCUCACACACACAGGCUGUGGAAUAUUAUGGGGAGUGGGCUUUAAAGCCUACAAACCUGGCCUUCCAAAGGAUUCAUAACAAUGUGUAUGACCCCUCCCUGAUAGGUGAUAAGCCCAAGUGGUAUGCUCAUCAGUUGCAGCCUGUGUUUUAUCGUGUGUAUGAUGGAAAUUCACAGCUUGCUGAGGCUAUAAGUGGACCACUAGAGGAUGAUGGUAAUGAGUCAGACCCUACAGAUGACAGUGGAAGUGACAGUGAGGCAUAUGAUGAUUCUAGCUCUUCUUAUUCGUCACUGGGAGAUUUUGUGAAUGAAAUGAUUAAAGGAGACAUCCAGGGUGACACACCAAAUGUUGAUCCCUUGACACAUGCAGCGCUGGAGGAUGCUAGUGAAGUAGAAAUCCACGAAUUUCAGGAGUAUAAGAGUGAAAGUGAGGAGCGCGGGUCUGAGGCCGAGGGGCCUGCUGAUGCCACAGAUGGCCAGCCGCAUCGCUCCAGCUCCAGCACCACAGCCUCUUCCAGCCCCAGCACCAUCAUCCAAGGAGUGAAUCAUGAUCCAACGGAGCCUGUUGAGAUUGAGGCCUCAGCUAGUGUGGCUUUACAGAACUCUGUCCUUGGACUAUGUCUCCCACCCUUCACUCGAUCCAGCCCAGAGCCGACACCUACGGACUCAACAAAUAAGAAACGGGAAUAUGAUAACCCAUAUUUUGAGCCCCAGUAUGGCUUCCCUGCAGAAGAGGAAGCUGACAGUGAGGAACAAGAAGAGAGCUACACACCAUGCUUCCACCAGAAUGUCAAUGGAAACAAGCCAUCUCGCCCAUUGAGGCCCAGCAGUCUGAAACUUCCAGGCGAAUGUGAUGGAGAAGGAGACUCUAAGAACAGUUCUCCCAACUCCACCAUCUCUAACAACAGCGGUGAUGGCUUUGGAGGACUCAUGUCUUUUGCAAGUAACUUGUAUAAGAACCAUGGCACCAGCUUUAGUCUUUCCAGUUUGGCUCUUCCUAACAAAGCAGCCAGAGAGAAGAACACUCCUUUCCCAAGUCUUAAAGAUGGUGGUGAUGAGAGUCCUGACAGUCCUGGCUCCCGUGCUCCUCGAGCACUGGUAGACCAAAAGUCCUCAGUGAUUAAGCACAGUCCCACUGUAAAGAGAGAGCCACCUUCACCCCAAGGCCGAGCCAACAACACCAGUGAAAAUCAGCACUUUCUAAAGGAUGUAGUGCUGAGCGUGUUGGAUGGCCAGGGUGUCGGUUGGCUCAACAUGAAGAAGGUGCGCCGUCUGCUGGAAAACGAGCAGCUGCGUGUCUUUAUGCUUAGCAAGCUCAACCGGACGGUCCAAUCAGAGGAGGAUGCUAGGCACGAGGUCAUCAGAGAUGUGGAGAUUAGCAGAAAGGUGUAUAAAGGCAUGUUGGACCUGCUGAAAUGCACAGUUUCCAGUCUGGAGCACUCCUACAGUAAUGCAGGCCUGGGUGGAAUGGCCAGUGUGUUCAGCCUGUUAGAAAUUGCACGCACUCACUACCAAACCAAAGAGCCAGAGAAGCGAAAGCGGAGUCCCACGGAUGGCACAAGCAGUCCGGACAGUAAGGAGAGUCCGUCUGUCCGCAUUGAGAGUGCCAGAGCGGCAGGCGUGCUCUUGAUGCCCAGAAUUCAGCUGCCACCCCCUCCCACUGGGAAAGGGGCACACCAGUUUGACACCCGGAGUCUGAACGAAGAGAAUUUUAUUGCUUCUAUUGAAUUGUGGAGCAAGCACCAGGAUAACAGAAAGCAAAAAGCUUUGGAAAAAGAACAGAGGGUGGAUGGGGCAAAACAGCGUCCGGAAGGUGGCGACACAGAGGAGAAGAAAUCCCAGAUCAGUGCAGACAGCGGCCUCAGUGUGACCUCAGGCUCUCAGAAGAGUGAUACAGACUCACUGGCGAGUUCAGAGCCUCCGGUUUUGACGAGGAGUACCAGUCAGGACUCUGAAGCCAGCACAGUGGUGAGUAACAGCUCAGGUGAGACACUGGGGGCUGACAGUGACCUGAGCAGCACAGCAGGAGAUGGAAUAAGCGGUCGCCCGUCUCCUCACCUCGCUCUGUCUCGUACCACCCUCUCAGACAGCGAGAUUGAGACCAACCCUGCCACCAGCUCCAUGUUUGGAAAGACCCAUAAGAUGAAGCCUGGUGUGAAGGAACCUGUUGUGGGUGUGGCUAAGGUAGCUCCUGUCCAACCUACUGAAGAUUUCAGCAUGAGGAUCUACCUGUGUGAGGGGCUUCUGGGGAGGGAUAAGAGCUCAGUGUGGGAUCAGCUGGAGGAUGCUGCCAUGGAAACAUUCUCUCUGAGUAAGGAGCGCUCUACUCUUUGGGACCAGGUGCAGUUUUGGGAGGAUGCAUUUCUGGAUGCUGUAAUGCUUGAAAGGGAGGGAAUGGGUAUGGACCAAGGGCCACAGGAGAUGAUUGACAGGUACCUGUCACUGGGUGAACAUGACCGUAAGAGACUGGAGGAUGAUGAGGACAGACUGCUGGCCAAUCUCUUGCACAACAUGAUAGCCUACAUGUUAAUGAUGAAGGUGAAUAAGAACGACGUCAGGAAGAAGGUCCGCCGUUUGAUGGGGAAGUCUCACAUCGGGUUGACAUACAGCCAAGAGAUCAAUGAGGUUUUGGACCAACUGUCACAUACGAACGGAAGGGAACUUCCCAUAAGGCCGAGUGGAAGCCGGCAUAUAAAGAAGCAGACUUUUGUGGUACAUGCUGGGACAGAUACCACAGGAGACAUAUUCUUCAUGGAGGUGUGUGAUGACUGCAUCGUUCUACGCAGUAACAUCGGGACAGUGUAUGAACGGUGGUGGUAUGAGAAGCUGAUCAAUAUGACCUAUUGUCCCAAAACCAAAGUUCUCUGUCUGUGGAGGAGGAAUGGACUGGAGACACAGCUUAACAAGUUCUAUACGAAGAAGUGUCGGGAGCUGUACUACUGUGUUAAAGACAGCAUGGAGCGUGCAGCAGCAAGACAGCAGAGCAUUAAACCAGGUCCAGAACUGGGAGGAGAGUUUCCUGUGCAAGAUAUGAAGUCGGGUGAGGGGGGUCUCCUGCAGGUCACUCUCGAGGGGAUUAAUCUCAAAUUUAUGCACAGCCAGGUUUUCAUAGAGCUGAAUCACAUUAAAAAGUGCAAUACAGUGAAGGGAGUCUUUGUCCUGGAGGAAUUUGUUCCUGAAACUAAAGAAGUGGUGAUCCAUAAGUACAAAACUCCCAUGGCACAUCAGAUCUGUUACUCUGUGCUCUGUCUCUUCUCCUACGUGGCUGCAGUGAAGGGGAAGGAGGCAGAGGGCAAACCCAAGAUGCUGUCCCCUCGCCCAUUACCCAGCUAGUGCACAAUUCUGCCCGCUGUAUUAUAUUCCAGUUCUGUCUAAACCCUCCCUGUAAAAGCUACACUGUAAUUUAUUCUCCAGAUUGUCCAAACAUCUACUUCUUUACUGCGGUCUUGAGCUUCUCACUUACUUGCCUAUCCUGGACAGUAUUUCUUACACUUAUCCACCCACUCACAGUAUUUAAUCAAAAUCGAUGGCAAGUACAUACUGCAAGUAUAAAUAUACUGUUUUUCCUCCAGUCAAUCUUAUAUAUAAGAAUAGAACAGUAACCACGCCCACUGCAGAUCUUUCCUCAGAUACAAUUCGUCACUGUCCUCGUUUUUUGCUUCUAGUGAGACAUAUUGCCGUGCUGCAGUCCCAUUCUCUCGCACGUGAUCAGAGGUGCCCAUAUCCACACUAUGCCAACACUAGAAAUCAGCAUAGGCAUGUGCAGAGGUCAUCCAUCUGUCCUGGCAAGUGCUCCAGCUUCCCGUUUCCUUAACCCAUCCUUAAAAAUCCCAGAGAUAUUAUUUUUAAAUGCUUCACAUUAUCGGGCUACAGAGAGCGUGUUUGUGUGAAGUGUGUGUGUGUGUGUGAAUGUGAGCCUUAGCAGGUGACCACACAGUACUUGUGUUUCAUUCAGCCUGUUCCCUCUGCUGUAUUUGGUCCAAGGUGUGUGUACAUCUUUAGCUUUGCCUUGAGCCUACUGUCCUAGAUUUACUGUAAAUCUGUCUGUGAACAGCUGUGAUAAAUUGCAUGUUGCUGUAUGAAAAUGGAAAGAAAAAAAAAGGCACAAGAAAAACACUGAAUAGUAAUACAAAAAAUCUAUGCUGUACAUUUCACUGGAGCAAUGCUUCAAAAGAAAAGAUAUUUAAUGUUCUAAAACAAACUGUGGUUUAUUGAGUAGAUGUGCAAUACUGUAGUGGGUAUGAAGAACAAGUUCUCCGCUGUCCCCUGUGAGUGUGAAAGCUGAGGGAGUGUGUUUAUUUAAAUGCAUUUCUGAACCACAAUAACAGAGGCAUUGAGUGUGUGAAUGCUGAAACAGCCGCUUUUGGAGAUCUCUUGUGUUCAGAUGUGGGUCUGUAGGUGUACUGAUGUCCCGUCGUCAAAUCAUUGUUGGAGGUAAUCUACACGUGUAAUUUAGAGAAACAUCCCAUUUAAAUUGUCAUUUUCUUGCUUUUGUGUGUGUGUAUUCAAGAAGGAGUGUGUCAACAAUGAUUCAGACACAGUUUUAAUGUUAUUUUAUGUGGUGUUUUGAUUUUAAACAGUUCUCCAUUAUGUAAAAGUAUAUGUAUAUGAAGAAAAUGGUGUCUCCAUGAAGAGCAAUCGUUUUUAGACGGCCUUAAAGGCCCCAUGGUCUGUAGGCUUAGUUGUAAAUAGCACAAGAUUGAUUCAUCAGGUCAAAGAGUCUCCAAAGACAGAAGAUUUGAUAUAGAGUGACUGAGAAAAACAGACACUGUAGCAUCUGAGCUAGUCAGGUCUUUCAUUCGGUUGCACUUACUACUGAGAGCAAGAGGGAAAAGGAGAACAGAGACAUGUUGGAUGUAAAUAUUUCAGUGUUUAAAAAGUAUUUAUAGAACCUGUACAGCUUUGGCAAUAUGACAAUAAAAGAUGUCUAACCCAAAUAA